UUGUUCGUAGUUUGUAAGUAUACAAGGGCCAGUCAGUGUGCACAAUUGUGGCUCGCUCUGGGGCGUUUCUUCCGCGGCGCUCUCCGGCCCCUUGCAUCAUAGGCGACUUUGGCCACCUUGUCCCAGAAAUUCUGACAUUUGCGCUUUAAUUGUGUCGCUCUUGUCACCAUGUCUCAGUUAACAGAACUGCCCACAGAACUGCUCAUUAAAAUAUUCGAUGAUCUGGAUUUAAGGAAUCUCUUGCAUUGCAAGCCGGUGUGUAGGCUAUUCAACAGCAUCAUAAAUGAUGCUGCAACUCUGCAAUAUAAGAUGGAACUUGCGCUAUGCGGCAUGGAAGAUGGACCUCCUGGUAGUAUGGUUCCCGCGGAACGUCUUGAGUGCUUGAGGGAACACCAAGAUGCCUGGGGCCACUUGCGGUUCACGCAAACCAGCAAUAUCGAUAUGCAAAGUGGAAAUGUUUGGGAAUUAUACGGGAACGUCCUAUCGCAGGGAAAGAAUAGGCGGUCCCUAGCGUUCCAUCAACUCGCUUCCGUGAUACGAGGUAUUGAAGACCGUUCGUGGUCGUUAGAUGAUUUGGACGUCGAGAUACGAGAUUUUGGAAUGGACCCAGCUCAAAACCUGCUGGUGUUGAUCGAAUCCUUGGUCCCCAACAAUGGUCGGAGCUACUCGAUUCACCUCCGUACAUUGUCGACCGGAGAGUCGCACCCGGCAGCACCCAAACCGGCUGUACUCACCUACACGCCUAAUUUCCGCUGUUCGAGUUUCACAAUUCAGACCAGCGCCGAAUUGCUAGGCAUCAUCUUCCAUUCUAUGGACGGCAUGGACAACGAACUCAUCAUUUGGAAUUGGAAGACAACCGAGAUAGAGUUGGCCGUUUCGGGAGAUCCUGUGAAAGCCUUUGCUUUUUUGACUGACCAUCAUAUAUUACUGGCAAAACUGGUAACAUAUUCAGCAACGCUAGCUGUGGUGGACUUACAGACUUCUCAUGCCGAGUUGACACCCUGCGAGGACCUUCAAGUGGAAUGCGAAUUCUACCUUCCGGAGUUGCUGACCAGGAACAUUGUUGUCGACAUACUGUUACGAUUGGAUCCCGGCCCAAAUUGGACCCCAAACCCGGACCUCAAGGUUCCCUUCCAUAUUGCUCGUGGGGACAGAUUGUUUGUCGUCACAGUGUCUCUCUUCUCCCCGGGAGACCAACAUUUGCGAGCCUACACGUUGUUCAUACCUUCUACGACGAUUUUCAAGCACAUGGAUAUGUACUCUGGAGACAUCGAAUGGGAACAAUGGGGCCCGGCUGGUUCGCGGCUGAUCUACCCCACACCAUCCAUUUCCCGAGUAUGGGUGUGCUACGUGUAUGGAAUGGGGUUCACUUUCCUCCUCAGGUCACAAAUGCACGAACAAAGGCAGACCCUCUACAUGUUCGACUUCAAUCAACUGGCCAUUCGGAAGAGCAUGCAGGAGAAGGCGAACAUUGACGAACCUCAAACGAGCGAGUCGUGGAAUCUGAUGACGGAUGAUAGUGUCAUAGACGCGGGUGCUUCAGUCUUCAAUGACAGUAUCAAAACGUCUCUGCCAUUUCGAUUCAGGAUACACGAUAUAGCGCCGGACCCUGACGGACGUGCAGUAGCAGCGAUGCUCAGCGAGGAUUCUAUCAUCCUAGUAUGCGAUGCAACUUCCGUCCGAAGAUAUCGCAUCUUAACAUUCUGAAGACGUCCAACGAAGCCUGGAAGGAUGCAAGCAAGAGUAUCCACAUAGUAUAUGUAACAAGAUGAAUGACAAGAGACGACAGCGGCGGUGUUUCCUAUCUCGUUCCAUCGUCCUUCUAUCUACUCGCGGCGUCUGUACUCCCGCACCUCUGCGCUGAUUCCCAGCAUUGGUUUCUUUAGGGUUCUUGAUAUGUCCGUGUACUGUUUGACAGGAAGCACUGAGCGCCAAUGGUCGAAGUACGUUGAAGACGCUUUUGGCGGCUUUUACUCUUGCGGAGGCUAUGACAAUCUGGGGUAGUGGCAUUAAAUAUGCUACGCGCAGCACGAGGAGGAGGUUGUUGGCCACGACUGUUACGCUAUUGGUUUGAGGCUGGCUGUCGGAAGACAAUGCGUGGAUUUUGCUAGACACUUGUAGAUCCGCGAAGCUACCAAGAAGAGACCUCUUGUAAAGAAUCGGGCCGUACUAGCACAUUCAUUAACGUCUGACGAUUCGAAUGCAUGAGGUAUAAAUG